AAUAAUGCAUCAGACCUUUGCUUUUCUUUUCCGUCAACACUAAGUCAUCAACAGAUCAUGUUUUCCCGUCAAUUCAUACGCAAUACUACCAUUGCAACAAAAGGUUUGGUUGCUCAACGAUUGGUUGCCAGAACCAUGGCAUCGAAAGCAUUUGUAAAGUACAAUUGGGAAGAUCCCCUUAAUCUUGAAAAGCUCUUGACGGAAGAUGAAAUUUUCGUACGUGAUGCUGCCAGAAGCUAUUGCCAGGAACGACUUUUACCCAGAGUCAUUGAGGCAUAUCGGAAUGAAAAGUUUGACAGAGAGAUUAUGUCUGAAAUGGGUGAGCUUGGAUUUUUAGGCUCAACCAUCGACGGCUAUGGCUGUGCCGGCGUCUCUUCUGUAGCUUAUGGUUUGACUGCACGCGAAGUGGAGAGUGUCGACUCAGGUUACCGUUCAGCUAUGUCAGUCCAAUCAUCUUUGGUAAUGCAUCCUAUAAAUGCUUAUGGUACAGAGGAACAGAAGGAUAAAUUUUUGCCUCGACUCGCAAAGGGUGAAAUUGUGGGUUGCUUCGGUUUAACAGAGCCCAACCACGGUUCAGAUCCUGCUGGUAUGGAAACAACAGCUAAAAAAGUGAAUGGACAUUACUUGCUAAAUGGAUCAAAGACAUGGAUCACCAAUUCACCCAUUGCCGAUGUGUUUGUGGUAUGGGCAAAGAAUCUAGAUGAAGGAGGAGCUAUUCGUGGCUUUUUGUUAGAGAAAGGUAUGGCAGGUUUAGAAGCUCCUGCUAUCAAAGGUAAAUUUUCUCUCAGAGCCUCUAUCACCGGUAUGAUUAUGAUGGACAAUGUAGAGGUACCGGCUGAAAAUAUGUUGCCUAACGCUAAGGGUCUGGGUGGACCCUUCGGCUGUCUUAAUAACGCUCGGUAUGGUAUUGCUUGGGGUGCACUAGGCGCUGCUGAAGCUUGUUUAGCACAAGCUCGUUCUUACACUUUGGAUCGCAAACAAUUCGGGCGUCCUUUAGCGGCAAACCAACUCAUUCAAAAGAAAAUGGCAGAUGCUAAUACAGAAAUCGCUAUCGGUCUACAAGCAUGUGUACAAGUAGGCCGCCUCAAGGAUAGCGGUGAAUUGGCGCCUGAAAUGAUCUCAAUGAUAAAACGUAAUUCCUGUGGUAAAGCUUUAGCAAUCGCUCGCGAAUGCCGUGAUAUGCUAGGUGGUAACGGCAUCUCAGAUGAAUACCAUAUCAUUCGUCAUGCCGCCAACUUGGAAGCUGUAAAUACUUACGAAGGUACUCAUGAUGUUCAUGCCCUUAUUCUAGGUAAAGCUAUUACCGGUAUUCCUGCUUUUGCUAAUUAAAUGGACGAUACGCAUCGAUUUCAUCUUUAAUUAUACAUAUACAUACUCAUGAAACUAUACAUAGUUUGAUGAAAGGCUUUUUCCGUGUACAAAAUACGCUGUUUGUAAUUGACAAUAAAAUAAAGUUAUUAAUAC